GUGAACUAUUACACCUUCUUCAACAGUUCAUCAAAACCUAAACCUCUCUUUCCUCAAACAACACUUUCUCUUUCCACCAUGGCUCUAAACAAUUCAUCAUCACUCAUAGAACUCCCCACUAACCUCUCCCACGACCACGAAUGGGUCAUAAACAUUAGCCGUUCCCUCGAAGAAACCUUGCUUGAAAACAACAACGAUGAUGAUGAACUCACUCUAGCCACAAUAUUCAACGUGCCCAAUUCCUUAAGAUCCUCGAAACCCGUGUCAUACACGCCACAAAUGGUGUCUAUUGGCCCCUACCACCACCGAAGGCUCGAAGUCGUUGAAAUGGAACAACACAAACUAGCCGCAGCCAGGUGGGUCCAAAAAGUGUUGAAAAAUAAACACAAUAAACCAAUGGGUUUCCAUGAACUCGUGGCUCGUGUUGCAGAACACGACAUUCGUAUACGAAGUUGUUACCACCGCUACUUGGAUUUUGAUCGAGAAAAGCUUGCAUGGAUGUUCACCAUCGAUGUGAGUUUCUUGUAUCAAUAUCUAAGAACGUGUCCUAGUAAAACGAAAUUACCCUCGUUGGAGAACAUGGGUUACCUCAUGGAAUGGGCGAGGAAAAAGAUUUGGCACAACGCGGUUCUUAGAGACAUCAUCAUGAUGGAAAACCAGGUUCCUUUGUUUUUGCUUAAAGAAAUUCAUGGUUUUUUGUGUGAAGAAGAAGACGACAACAAUAGUGACAAAUUAUUAGCGUCCAUGUUGAUGGGUUUGUGCAAACGCCUUGCACCUAUCAAGCACUUAAACGACAAAUGUUUUGAAGAAGAGUGUUUCACGAGGACCCAUUUGCUCGAGCUUUUGUAUUACACCGUUGCACCCAAUUGGACAACGUUUCCAAUAGAGGGUAAUUCUAAGAACCAAGAGAAUAAUAAUAAUAAUCAUAAUCAUAAUAAUAAUAAUGCAAAGCAGGUGGAUGAAAAUAAAAUGUAUGGUUGCAUGGGAUUGAUAUUUAAUUUCCUAUGGUGUGUCACCUGUGCACCCGUACACAUUCUUGUUAAAAUUUUCAAAUCAAAUAUCAUUCUUGGAUUGAUCAAAGUGCCGGUGAAAAUCGUUGCUUACUUUCUAGAACUUCGUGAUAAAAGUGGUGCUGUAAAGAAAUUCGUUUCUUCCAUGCAUGACGUGGUUGAGGAAGCAGAGAAAAGUUCAGAUCAUGCAGAGGGCAGUGACGAAAGUCCGUUAGUGGAAGAACUAGCAAUCCCAAGCGUGGAAGAGCUUUCAAAAACCGGCGUCGUAUUUCGGCCCACCAAGGGCGGCAUAAACGCCGUCAGGUUUGACAAAUCCUCCGCAACGCUCCACCUGCCCGUGAUCCACGUGACCGACAGCAGCGACGUGGUUUUGCGGAACCUGGUGGCGUACGAGGCGUGCAUCGCGCCGGAGGGAAUGAUUCUGGCACGGUACACGGAGCUGAUGAACGGCAUAAUCGACACGGAAGAGGACGUGAAGAUUCUGAGGGAAAGCGGAGUGUUACUGAACCACCUGAAGAGCGACAAGGAGGUGGCGUCGUUGUGGAACGGAAUGACAACGUCGGUGAAGGUCACCAAGGUUCCCAUCGUCGACAAGGUCAUCGAAGACGUUAAUGCUUACUAUUCCGCCAGCUGGAAGGUUAAGGUGAAGCACAGCAUGAAGAAGUACGUGUACGCUUCCUGGCCAUGUCUCACGUUUCUCGCUGCCAACAUUCUUUUGUUCUUGUCGGUCGUCGAAACUGUUUGUACCAUGUAUGGCUGCUCCAAAUUGGUGCGUGUCUAGUUAUUAGUUAAUCACUAUUCAUUAUGUUGGUCCCAAGAAUAGUCAUGAUUCAAAAUAAUGAUUAUUUUUUC